AGCAAUCGAUCACUCAAUACUCAAAUUUUCAUAAACACAACAGCUUGUCCCACAUUUGUUGUAUUUCAAAAUUUAUUCCGGACCUAGACAAUCAGACCCAAAAUGCAGUUGGCAUUCUGGAAGAGCACUGCAAAGGAAGACCAGCUCGAACAGAUAACGCCCAUCUGGAAGGAUUUGAAUGCAACAUUCGUGACUGUCCUCAAUUGGAGCUGGCUCAUCUACACCAUCGCCCUGCUGAUGAUCUCCGUGUGCUGCUAUUAUGCCUACCGUGAUCGCUGCCGCCGGACGGAGACUAUGCGACGUCGCCGGGUGGUUCAGCAUGCCGAGAAUCGGCCCCCGCAAAAGCGGCGACCGAAUGCUGCCUAUCGUGAUCACCAGAUCUAUCGCUAUAUCAUCCUGAGCCUUGCCAAAUACAUGCGGAAUCCGGAGGUCAUUCGUCCGUUCAUCGACCACAUGGAAAAGCUUUAUCCCCCCAGGCAUUCUCUGGCUGAUCAGAAGCAAAUGGACGAGCUCUCGGCGAGUGUGAACGAUGCAGAGCCAAGCGUGGGCGAGGAUUGAGGGAUCGAAGGGUUCAAAAUCAAGGACAGCAUCAGCUUCCACCGAAAUUGUUGGUACAAUCGAAUAUGCCUCAUCGUUUAGAUAAUAAUAUCAGAAGGUAUUUUUUUUUUAGAUACAAAUUUGGUAAACUAAGCUAAUAUGAAUGAACUUUGCACAAAAUUUAAACUUUUUGAAAUUGUAAAUAUUUAAUAAAAAAGAAGAGAAAGGAGGGAAA